CAGUUAAAUGUAUCUGAUUUAUCACAAUGUCAUUUAUGCGUAAUAUAUGUGGAAGCCAGCAAAGUACAUCCUAAACUUGAACGAAAGAAUAAAGUAUGUGGUUGCACGUUGUCAAGAAUUCAAGGACGAUGUUCAGAUUCAGAUUCUACUCUACCUGAAGAGUGAGGCAUACAGUAUUGUUUAUUUGUUUAGAAAAUGCAUAAUGUAGUCUUUUAAACUUUUUUUAUAAUGGAGCCUGAAUUUUUUUUAUCACAAAACCAAUAACUGUGUGUGUUAUUAUCAGUAGCAUAGUUUAUUAUUUACAUAAUGAAAAGUUUUGUUGCCUAAUUUGUAGCCCAGUUGAUCGCCCAGUCUUCCUGUCGCCUAGUCCUGCCGACCAAUUGAUAGUCACUAUAAUAGUUGCCCCUGAACCCUUUUUAUUCUAUAUUUAUAGUGCACCUUUAGUUUUCUCGAUAGUUAAUGCUGUGUAUGCUUACAUAUAUAUAAAAUUAACAUCCUCAAAGCUUUUUAUAUAGAUAGAUGGACUCUACAGUCUACACCAACUAUAUAUUACAGAAAAAAUAUAUAUAUAGAAAACAGGAAUAAAAGAGAAAAGUGUAAUCUACCUCGCCUUACUACUUCACUAGAAAGACUUGUUGUUGUGUGAGAUCCCAUGUUAAUCUUUGCUGUCGGACCAUCCCUCGCCGCAUUCUUUUCCUUAACUCCGCCUCCCGCACAUGGUUCGAGCGAAUCAGCAUGCUGGUGAUCCUGCUCAACUGUGUGACCCUCGGGAUGUACCAGCCGUGUGUGGACGAGUCGUGCAGCACCAACCGAUGCAAGAUACUGCAGAUGUUUGACGACGCCAUCUUCGCCUUCUUCGCGGUGGAAAUGGUGAUCAAGAUGGUGGCGAUGGGCUGGUCGGGAAAGGGCUCCUACAUGGCUGACUCCUGGAACAGACUGGACCUCUUCAUUGUGGUGGCAGGGGGACUGGAGUACUUCCUGGCCAUGGAGGACAUGAACCUUUCUGCCAUCAGGACCAUCAGAGUUCUGCGACCACUGCGGGCCAUCAACAGGAUUCCUAGUAUGAGGAUACUGGUCAUGUUGCUCCUUGACACACUGCCCAUGCUGGGAAAUGUGUUGCUGUUGUGCUUCUUUGUGUUCUUCAUAUUUGGCAUUGUUGGGGUGCAACUGUGGGCAGGGAUGCUACGUCAGCGAUGCUUCAUUGACCUGCCCCAGAACAUUACAGUGCCGCCAGGAUUAAAGCCAAUUUAUUAUGCACUCGUCAAGCCCAAAACACCUAUCACUUCAUAUUAUCAAGUGGCUGAGCAAGAGAGAGACUACAUCUGUGCCCUGCCCAAGGACAAUGGCAUGCAUCAGUGUGACAAUCUUCCACAUUCUCGUUAUAAUGGCAAGGUGUGUAAUGAUUCUGCACAGAUGUAUAUCCCAAAUGAUAUGUCAAAUGAUUCCUGUGUCAACUGGAAUCAGUACUACACUGACUGCAGACCAGGAGACAAGAAUCCAUUUCAGGGAGCAAUAUCCUUCGAUAAUAUUGGUUUAGCAUGGGUUGCCAUAUUCCUGGUGAUAAGUUUGGAGGGUUGGACAGAUAUCAUGUAUUAUGUUCAAGAUGCUCAUUCCUUUUGGGAUUGGAUAUACUUUGUUCUUCUCAUUGUGAUUGGUUCGUUCUUCAUGAUCAACUUGUGCCUGGUCGUCAUCGCUACUCAGUUCUCUGAGACAAAGAAACGAGAGAUGGAGCGCAUGAAGAUGGAGCGUGCCCGAUUUCAGUCCACAAGCACCCUGGCGUCGGGCUCCACUGCAGAACCUAAUUCCUGCUAUGCUGAGAUCAUUAAGUACAUUGCUCACCUUUGGCGACGGGGGAAACGCAAGUUAUAUGUGCAUUACCGUCAGUUUCGUAGAAGAAACCGCUCAGAUCAUCCUAGACAGUUGAGUCUCAAAAAGCAGCGCCGCCGCCGUCAGUAUGAGGCAGCCCAGAGUGCCCUCAUCAGCCGAGAGAGUGGAUGUACAGCUGGGGUUCCUGGCACUAUUGUGGCACUGCCUCCUUCUGGUCCUGGGGCUAUGGGGCAUGGUGGUGCCCUUACUAUUAUGAACAACAUAGCCCCAGCAUCACCUCAAUUACUGUCACCCCCAGAGGUUCGUGAAGUCCAGGAUGAUGGGCGAACCACUAGUGCUCCCUGCUCUGGCACUGAGCACUCUGAUGGGGAUCAGCAAGUUUCACCCCACAGGCCAGUCAUCCUCAAAAUUUCCAGUGGAGAUGGAAGUGAGUUAGUGCCCCCUUCUCCAGGUACCCAAGGCAUCUGCACACCACGGCAAAGGCGCCGCAGCUCAGUCAUGUUUAGUGAUGUUGUGCUACUGCACGGCCACCAAGGAGAAACAGCCACCAAGAAUGUAUGUCACAGUGAGAAGACAACACAAACAGAUGAUGAACCUAUAGAUCCUGCAUAUUUCCGAGAACCUCUGCCUCCAUCACCUCACACCCCAGUCCCUCCUGCUUUGAUGCCUUCCCUUCUGUCUCCUCCUGUCUUACCUUUUAGAAAGAGCAAAUCCCCAUUGCAUUCUGUCUCUCGCACACCCUCUUAUAAUGGCUCCACAGGCAAGGGCUCCCUCACCUGUGGUGAGCUGCUGGCUCUAAGCGGUGCUCUUUCUGCUGCCCUGCCCACACAUCUUGGCAUAGACUCCCACUCCGUCCACACUCUCUACUCCUCCUUGGCCAAAGGUGUGAAGCAUUUCUCGGCCCCAACGCUCUUCUUCUCAGGGGACCAAGCUCCAGCAGGAUUCUUGGGUUACUAUUCAGCCUCAGACUCAUGUGACUCAGGAUCAGACUGGAGUGAUGACGAGUGGAGGGAGCAGGAGCAGCGCCCACCUUCUGGAUUAAGUAAAUUUUGCUCUAAAAUCCAGACAUAUACCAAGAAGUUAGUGGAACAUCGGUACUUCCAACGAGGCAUUCUGGUUGCAAUCCUGAUUAACACACUUAGCAUGGGAAUUGAAUACCACAACCAGCCAGACGUACUGACGGUCAUUGUUGAGACAAGCAACUACAUAUUUUCUGCUGUAUUUGCUGUGGAGAUGCUCCUAAAAAUCGUAGCAGAAGGACCUUUUGGCUAUAUCAGCAAUGGUUAUAAUGUGUUUGAUGGAGUCAUUGUUGUAUUAAGUGUGGUGGAAAUGUAUCAGAGCUACUCCAGCUCCACACAGAUGGUGGACCAGCAGGCAGGACAGGGCUCUGGUUUGUCAGUUCUCCGUACAUUCAGGCUGCUGCGUAUCCUCAAAUUGGUGCGCUUCAUGCCUCAGCUGCGGCGCCAACUGUUUGUUAUGCUGCGCACAAUGGACAAUGUUGCCAUCUUUUUUUCUCUUCUUAUUCUUUUUAUAUUCAUAUUCAGUGUGCUAGGCAUGUUUCUCUUUGGUGGAAAGUUUUGCAUUAGAGCGGAUGGCAGUGGAGAUUGCACGUGCCAGGAGAUUCUCGACCCUGAGUCUGGGUGUCUCUGCACAAGAAUGCAUUUUAACAACUUCCUCUGGGCCACAGUGACUGUCUUUCAGAUACUUACUCAGGAGGACUGGAAUGUUGUACUAUUCAAUGGCAUGGAAAAGACAAGCCACUGGGCCUCCCUUUAUUUUGUAGCACUCAUGACCUUUGGAAACUAUGUGCUAUUCAACUUGCUAGUGGCCAUCCUUGUGGAGGGCUUCUCCGCUGAGCGCCAUGAACGAUUAGAAAAAGAACAAAAGCAGUGGGAAAAACAAAAGAGAAAAGAGCAGAAAGCACUAGAGAAAGCUGAGAGAGACGCUGACAAACACCAUGACAAUCAAGCACCUCAAGAAGAAGAUAAAAACUCAGCCCUAAAAGACAGUCUUGGGGAGGGUGUCAGAGAUGACCCACUGAAAGUGGCAAAGGUGACCCUUCUUCAGCUUUCUAAAGGUACAACUUCUACUGAGUUGUCUAAGACUUCAUGCACAAAAUUCCCCAAGAGUGUGUCAUCAGAAGGUUUUAUAAAUCCCACUCAGUCUGGUCUAUCCCCAGACUCUUUUGCUCUGGUGCUGCCCAGAGGUGUUUCCACUGAAGCACUAACAGAUGUGCCGUCCACACAUGCACCAAUGGAAGCUAUUAAGGUUAUGCCAUUAGAAAACUCAAAAGAUUUUGGUAAGGAAGAGAUGUUAUUUAGAAAAGUGUCAGAGGCCUCUAAAAGGCCCUCUCCAGCAUUUGAGGAUUCAGGAGUCAUCCAGAAGGAACACCUUCCAUCUGUUGGCCUGGAGGCUGCAACCCAGCUCACUGAGGAUGAGAAGAAGCGGUCAAUCUCAACCCUUGAUGGUCCUGAUGAUGAUCAUCGAACACUGAAAGGCAAUGAAGACCGAGUGAAGGAGAACCAUUUACGCCAGAAGCUGCUUGAUGACGACCCCAAAUGUAACAUCGAGAAAGAGAGCAAAUUGCUGCAGCAGCCUCAGUCGACCAGUCGUGACAUCCCACCCACACCUGCAGGGUUUACACCAAUCCUGGCUACCCCUACCUCACAACUGGGCUACCCACCAAUUAUCACUCACACUGCUGCCACACCUCAAGGGUCGCCCCACUCCACCUUAGAGCCAAGUGGACGUGGGGACCUCAACAACCGGCUCAGUCCUGCCAUGGCCCUCUACUGCUCCAUCCCUGCAGAGCAAAGUGACCGUCCUCAGGGAGUACUGAGGUCUGCAUCCAUCAAGAGUAACAACACAUCUCUGUCAUCAAGAUCCUCCCGUGCCUCAAGCCGUAUAGGCUUCCAUGGUGUUCAUCGGAGAGAAUCCUUAUCCCCACAUGAUUUGCAGAGGCGGAGAGACUCACUCAGUCCUUCACCAGGAUGUUUCAGUAUUAGUUCGCAUAUCAGCAGCAGUAGCAGCAGCAUCAACAGCAGCAGCAGUAGCAGCAGCAGCAGCAACAGCAGUAGCAGCAGUGGACGCAGCAUUACCCCACUGCUGUGUCACCACCUUGGAGUCCAGGAACGGCGUAGCAGUGGAUGUGGAUCCCCACUCUCAUGGAGACACUCUGGCUCUCAGCGGCGCAGGAGAGGAAACAGCUCAGGUGGAUCAUUUCGGCGAGUUCAGUUGGACAGAGAAAGCCUGGUACGGCGUGACUCAGGCUCUGAUGCUGAUGGGGAGGAGGAAACAGCCCUCAACAAUAACAUUAACCUGACCAACAACAACAACAACCUUAAUAACCACCAGUCUUCGUUGUUAGGGACUGACCACAGCCACUGUAAUGGGUCCACCAGCAGCCAUGCGCAGCUGGCCCCACGCAGGUCCAUCCUCACCCAACAGAACUCCAUUGGGUCUCCGAGAACGCUCAGCCCCCAGAACUCCAUCCGGUCGAGAGGCUCAUCACCAAGGUCACGCCAGCCCUCCAUACAAGGACAGACUUCAGUAUGUGGAUCCAUCAAGGAAGUGGAGUACAAGCAGAACAACCUAAGUCGAGCAAAGGAACAAGCUGCAGUAGCUGAACAGGAGGAAGCUGAGGAAACUUCUGAAAAAGAAACAGAAGUAGUUAGAAAGAUUUGCUUUGUGUUUGAGCCCAAGGGAUGCUUCAAGGAGAGACAAGAUUUUGCUCUCUAUGUCUUCUCACCUGAGAAUCCAAUCCGGCGAGCUUGUCUUUUUAUGGUGUCAAGACAGUGGUUUGAUUCCACUGUGCUCUUUUUCAUUGGCCUCAACUGCAUUACAUUAGCCAUGGAACGGCCCAACAUUCCUCCAGAUUCUGUUGAACGACAAGUGCUAAAGAUCUUUAACUACAUAUUCACUGUAGUUUUUGGUGUUGAGAUGGUUGUGAAAGUAAUUGCCCAAGGCUUGAUCUAUGGGAAGGCAGCGUACUUCAGCUCUGGGUGGAACAUCAUGGAUGGCUCACUUGUCAUCAUUUCAUUUGUUGAUAUCAUCAUGUCCUUUCUUGCUACCACUUCACCCCGCAUAUUCGGCAUCCUCAGAGUCUUCCGAUUGCUGCGAGCUCUCAGACCUCUCAGAGUAAUAAACAGAGCUCCAGGCCUCAAACUAGUGGUGCAGACUCUUCUCUCCUCCUUGCAACCCAUCGGCAACAUCGUCCUCAUCUGUUGCACCUUUUUUAUAAUCUUUGGCAUUCUAGGUGUACAGCUCUUCAAAGGUUCAUUUUAUUAUUGUGAGGGACCACACUUGAAGAACGUCACCACCAAGUCUGACUGUCUUGAGUCUAAAGAAAAUACCUGGUUAAACCGAAAGUACAAUUUUGAUGACCUUGGUCAGGCAUUGAUGUCACUUUUUGUGCUGUCCUCCAAGGAUGGCUGGGUCAAUAUCAUGUACACUGGCCUGGAUGCUGUGGGAGUGGACAUGCAGCCAAUUGAAAAUUACUCCCAGUGGCGACUACUUUACUUCAUCUCUUUCCUACUGCUGGUGGGUUUUUUUGUACUAAACAUGUUUGUGGGUGUGGUGGUAGAGAAUUUUCACCGGUGCCGAGAAGAACAAGAGAAAGAAGAGAAAGCAAGAAGGGCAGCUAAGAGGGCAAAAAAGCUUGAAAAGAAAAGGAGAAAUAUUGAAAAGUACUGUGAAGAAAGAGAAAAGAGUCUGGCUGCAGCUGGUAUAGAUCCAUCAUCAGUGGACAUCAAGGCAGAGGUUCAGGAAGAAAGAAGAAGAAAAAGGCGUUUAAAGCUCAUGAAGUUACAACUAAAGAUGCGAGAACCUCCAUACUACAGCCAAUAUUCAAAAGCUCGACUCUUCAUCCACAACAUUGUCACCAGUAAAUAUUUUGACCUGGCAAUAGCAGCUGUUAUAGGUCUCAAUGUUGUUACAAUGGCCAUGGAGUUCUACAAAAUGCCAAAGGAACUUGAAUAUGCACUGCAAAUCUUCAACUACUUCUUCACUGCUGUAUUCAUCCUGGAAUCGGUGAUGAAGAUGGUAGCCCUUGGCUGUCAUCGAUACUUUCAGGACAGUGAGGAGUUUAGGUGGAACCAGCUGGAUGUGUUCAUUGUGAUCCUGUCAGUCGUGGGCAUCGUGCUGGAGGAAAUGAAGAGUGAUCUGAUCCCAAUCAACCCAACCAUCAUCCGAGUGAUGCGUGUCCUCAGAAUUGCACGUGUGUUGAAGCUGCUGAAGAUGGCCAAGGGCAUCCGUGCUCUGCUGGAUACAGUUAUGCAAGCACUUCCGCAAGUGGGCAACCUGGGACUUCUGUUUUUCUUACUGUUUUUCAUCUUUGCUGCUCUUGGAGUGGAACUAUUUGGUAGACUUGAAUGUGAUGAGGAGUAUCCUUGCCAAGGACUUGGUGAACAUGCACACUUCAAAAACUUUGGAAUGGCUUUUCUCACUUUAUUCCGUGUAGCAACAGGUGACAACUGGAAUGGUAUCAUGAAGGAUACUCUCCGCGACAAGUGUGACACCCAUCCAGACUGUGUGAAGAACUGUUGUCUCUAUCCCUUUGUGGCUCCCAUCUUCUUUGUCGUGUUUGUGCUGAUGGCACAGUUUGUGCUGGUGAAUGUUGUGGUAGCAGUACUUAUGAAGCACCUGGAGGAGAGCCACAAACUGGAGGAAGAGGAGGCGGAGUUUGCCCGGCUACUCAGGAUGGAGGAUGAGUAUGACUUGGAGGUGGAGAUUGAAAGACAGCUUGCACAGGAAGAGGAAGAGAUGGCAGAGAUGCAGGAAAACAUUGCCAACCAAAAGUUAGCACAGAAAACAACAAAGGAUGUGAAUGAGACUGUGAAAGCAAAAUUCAAUAGCAGCAAAUACUUCCACAAACCCCUGAACAAAAUGUCAUCCUUACCAUCAAACUUUACUUUUCGAGGACAAAAAGAAAUUCUGGAGCAACCAGCAAAGGAGAAUACUUCUCCAAUGACACCUGGCUUGCCAGACAUCAGAGUGGAGACAUCUCUCAACAUUCCAAGGAUCAACAUCAAUGGCAUGGGUCUAGAGACUGAAGGAGAGGCAUCUAAACCCCCAAGACCAUCAUUUUCUCAUGAAGAAGAGGUAUACAAUCCUAACCUGAAAAAACCCUCACCAGAUGAACCAAUCAAUAAAGUCUCCAUCACCAACCUGAGGCAUGAGUCACCCAGCCCUGAUUCUGGGGGUGCCAGGCCCAGGUGCAGCAAACCAGUGGCACCAAAGGAGAAGGAGGUGGUGGAGAGCAGCAAGAAAUCUAUUAAUGAAGCACCACUAGCAGAAAGCUAUGAAGGGGAGGAUGACAUUAGUGGAGCUGACAGUAUAACACCUACACCUAGCUCUCCGAUGCUUCAAGACCCAUCUAGUCCACUUAACCGAAGAGCAGCACGGCGCUCACAGUGGAGUAGCCGGCGUGAAGUAAGCGAAGGAGGUGGGUGGAAAGUGAGCUUUGAUGACUCUCUCACACAGACACUCAUGGCCAGUUUUGAAAAUGUACCUGAGCUUGCUGGACAUGUGGACAUGGAUUCCACUUCCUGUUCAGUGUGCUCCAGUGAGGACGUCUCUAUUGCAUCUCACCUGUCAUCUGCUGGACCCUCUCCUAUUGCAACAUCUGAUUCUGGACCCUCUACAGCCCAAGACAACACACAGGUCUACAGCCCUCUUCCACAAGUGAUGCCUCCUCCACCACUUGUGUUUGCUGAUAAUAAUAAUGAGGAGGAAGAGGAUGACCCCACUCUAGCUUCAAGCAGUGACUCCUUCACUUUAGAGGGAGGAAUCCCAGAGGUUCCCUCAUUUGAUUCAUCACCAGGCAGUGAUGGGAUAUCCGGACUGUCUGCCACAUUUUCACCCCAUUCUUCAUGUACAUCACCUGCUCUGUCUUCCUCAAACAAUGAACCAGCAGUAGAUUUAGUAAACCAUCCUCCUCAUCUAGUGAAGUCCUCAUCAAACUCAACAGAUCAUUCCCAAUCCUCACAGCCCUCACCAACCACAAUCUCAGCUCCAUUGCCAGCUCAACAUUCUUCUUUUGGUGAACUAACUAAUUUUACAAAGCCUUUUAGUUCAUUAGGUGAAUUGAGAAAAGAUGUAACACAUCAAAGACCCAUUCAACACUGGAAAGCUGAAGGUAGCAAACUUUUAUCCAGUAUGACAGAGGAGAAGCAAUCAUCUCCUCUCAGUUUGGGUAUAGACCGAAGACAGCCUUUCUGUUUUGAAAUUUCUCAGCCUCACCACUCACAUCAAGAUGGGAGCCAGAUGACAUCAUCCUCGGCUGAAAAGUGUAAACCAUACUGUGCACCAACCAUUGGCUUACAACUUGGUGAUAGUAAGCCAAGGUCAAAGGCACAGAAAUCUGCUGGACAGAGGUGUUAUAUCAGAGGAAGAAACAAAUCUCGUCAUUCAGGAACAAAAUCCUAGUGACAGUGGAUAUUGUAACAGUGGGGAACAGAGUUAGGGAUUUUGUGCCAUCCAAAUAGUGAAUGCCAAAAUGUGAGACUGCUCAUGAUAUACCUAAUAAUAAUGAGCACUACCUUUGUGCCACAAAAUAUUCUAAUGCAAGUGCUGCCAAAUAUGCAUAACUAAUUCCUGUGUGUGUGAAGUGAACUAUCUUUUAUAUGAGACUUUAUAAUGUGUUCUGGCUUGACCACACAAGGAAUAUAAGUGGGUUGUCUUGAGUUAGUGACCUGAGUUGGUGUGUGCUGAGGGAGAAUAAGCUCAUCUUUCCUGACAUAUAUUCAGUGGCACUUUGCAUUUUUAAAAUUGUUUUCUCUUUUCAGUAUCUUUUGGAUGAUCCACAAAAGUUGUAUACACUCUGUAAAUCAUUAUUAUUGUAAAAAUAAUGAUAUAUGAAUUGCAUAAGUAUUAAAUGAACAAUUAAUGACAAUUGUACAUAGGGUGAAGUUUAUAGAAAGGUGUUCAUAGUUGUAAUAUAUGGCAGAGCUGUGAUUAGCAAUAUCAACAAGUAAUAAUAGAA